AUGGUCAAGCUCGCGGUCCAGCUCAAGGCGACUCUAGAGGGUCUUACGGACCUGAAGCCUAUCGGCGACAACUUCAACUGGCUGUUCAAGGUUCGCUGCUCGGGAUGCAGGGAGGAGCACCCGAACUGGAUGGGAAUCGAUGCGACAGAAACCAGGGACAUCAGCGGUUCGCGAGGCGAGGCAAACCUCGUUUGGCGGUGUCAGCUGUGCAAGAAGGAGUCGAACGUCUCCUUCGACGAUUCGUUCAAGCGGUCUUCGGCUGCGUAUACCGCCGAGGACUCGGAGGAACAGCGUUUCGCGACGCUCGCGGUGCUCGAGUGCCGAGGGUGCGAGCUAACAGAGUUUGACCCGAAGGGCGUCUGGUCCGCAAAGGGCGCAGAGAGCGGUACUGCUGGCGCUGGCGUCAGCAUCAUGGAGGUCGAGUCUCGCAUCUCCCGCGCCUAG